AUGAAGAUGUACGGACUAGAGCCAGUUUUAGAUAGAAUACUAGACCCAGCUACUGAAGAGGCUUGUAGCAAACUUUCUAUCAGUGCGCAGGAGGCAAUGGAAAAGGCAAUCCUGCCUGCAAUGAGAGAUCCCAACAGUAAGGUGGAUCUAGGUAAAUUCACUUGGCGAGAGCCUGGGGCCAUCCCAAAGAGCAUGAAGAUCCACGACGUGCGGGCAGAGAAGAAGCGGGAGCUCGAGAGUCUUAGGCGAUGGCAUGAGAUCCCCGAGCAGGAUCUUACUCCAGAACAGCUUCGCGACAUGAAGGCGCUGGACAUGCGAGGAGUGCUACAACCAGAGGAGGGGAUCGCGGAUAUAGAGUGGGACUCUAGCAAGCUUCCGAGGAACGUGCACUUUGGAAGGGUCAUAGAGGGACCAGGCGAGUUCUACUCUGCGCGGAUACCCAAGAAGCAGAGAACGUCUUCCAUCCUUGACGACCUCUUCAGGAAAAAUCCUAAAGCGCUUCAGCAACUGGCGACAGCGAAGAAUGUUGUCGAUACAAGGGUCCGGAAAACCAGCUUCAAGAGAAACCGCCGCAUUGGGAUUCCCAUGAGAAUCUCUAAGGAGUAA